GUACUUCAAUUGAGGCUUGACUCAUUUGUUUCCGAAUGCGACAGAGCGUUAUACGAUAUACCAGCCGGGUUUGCUUGACAACUCUAGCCUAGGCCAUAAUAUCUUAGCCAAUUACUCACCGACUACUCCUUCCAUGUCAGGCAAGCAAGGUGCUAAGGGCGCUGCUGCCGGCAAGGGCAAGAAGGGUGCCAAGGGCGCCGCUGAGGAAAAGACCGAAGAUGUCCUCCAGGCUGUUAUCCUAGCAGACUCAUUUCAGGAUAGAUUUAGGCCAUUCACACUCGAGAAGCCAAGAUGUCUCCUACCGCUGGCAAAUACCCCUUUAAUCGAAUAUACCCUCGAAUUCCUUGCCAUGAACGGUGUCCAGGAGGUCUUUAUAUAUUGCGGCGCCCACACUGAGCAAAUCGAAUCCUACAUCCACGAGUCCCCGAGGUGGAGCCCUACCGGCAAGCUCUCGCCUUUUUCUUCUCUCGACUUCAUCCGGGUCUCAGACGCGCAUUCCGUUGGUGACUUCCUAAGGGACCUCGACAAGCGAGGCCUAAUCGGUGGCGACUUUGUGCUUGUCCACGGCGACGUGGUAGCCAACGUGCCCCUAGAUGCCGUCCUGACGAAGCACCGCGCGAGGCGCGAGGCCAACAGGGACGCCAUCAUGACCAUGGUUUUGCGUUCGGCCGGGGAGGACGAUCACCGGACAAAAUCACACGGAAUCACGCCGGUAUUCGUAGUCGAGCCAUCCACUAGCCGUUGCCUGCACUAUGAAGAGUUGCAUCCUCUGCAAAGCGAUCACUACUUAUCAUUGGAUCCUACAAUUCUCGACAAUGCCGAAUUCGAAGUCCGGAGCGACUUGAUCGACUGUGGGAUCGACAUCUGCACACCGGACGUGCUGGCAUUGUGGUCCGAAAGUUUUGACUACGAGUUGCCUAGGAAGAAUUUCCUGCACGGUGUCCUGAAAGAUUGGGAACUGAAUGGAAAGCUAAUACAUGCAGAAAUCCUCACCGAGGGGUAUGCCGCACGAGCUCACAACCUCCAACAGUAUGAUGCUGUGAGUCGUGAUAUCCUUGGCCGUUGGACCUACCCCCUAGUACCGGACUCCAAUCUGGUUGUGGGCCGUUCGUACAAGUUGUCAAAACGAGGUGUGUGCCUCGAGGAUGGCGUGCUGAUUGCACCAGACGCCAACAUUACGAAGUCCGUGAUCGGUAGGGGGACACGCCUCGGAAAUGGCAGCACUGUGUUAAACAGCAUAAUUGGGCGGAGGUGCACGAUUGGCAAGAACGUCAAUAUUGAGAACAGCUACAUCUGGGAUGCUGUAGUCAUCGAAGACGGUGCUUCAGUGCAUCGCUCGGUGCUGGGCAACUCAGUCAUCGUAGGGAAGGCCUCCUCCAUUCCAGAGGCAUCACUUCUUUCAUUUGGUGUCCAUGUGGGAGAUGGAAUCCAACUAGCCACUACUCCAGCCCCUGUGCUUUCCCUGGUCGCCGAGGAUGGGAAGCCCCUCGAGACAGACACCGAACUCGUCGGCCAGGCUGGAAGAGGUGCGCUCUACAGUGGCCUCGUCGACGACGACGAGGAAGAAGAGGAGAACGUGGACGAAGGUGAUCCCUCGAUUCUACAACGAGGCCUCAUUUACUCCCUCGAAGGCCUCAACCUUUCUACGUCCUCCAUAUCGACCUUCGCCUCGCACGAUUCCGCCGACUCGGACGAAGUGGACUCGCAAGUUGCGUCGCUCCAGGCAAGGGACCCAAGGAGCACCCGCAGCCGGCUCUCCUCGUUCGCCUCGUUCGCCUCGGACGACUCUGGCGCCGCAAUCACAAAAUCCGGCGCAUUCCACGUGGACGCUGUCAACGGCCUUCUAGACGCCCUACGCGCCGACGACACCUCAGACUUCGACUCGGCCAAGCUCGAGUUCAUGGGCCUGCGCCUCGCCAACGACGCCUCGGACCAAUCCAUGCGUCGGGCCGUCGCCGUCGCGUUCGUCCGCCGAGCCGCCGAGCUCCUGACCGCGGAGCACGGGGGGCUCGAGCCGACCAAGGCGGCAGACCGAGCAUUUAUGGAGAAGAGAGGCGCCGUCAAGUUCAUCAGGGAGGUCGGGAUCGGCGGGUCCGAGACGGAGCAGGUCGAGUAUGCGCUUGCCACCCAGAAGGCGCUGCUGGGCGUCAGGGGCCUGGAGGCGGCGCGGGCGGGCACGCUCCUCGCGGCCAUGCUGCAGCAGCUGUACAACCAGGACGUCGUCGAGGAAGACGCGAUCCUGGCCUGGUGGGCUGAUAGGCGCUCCUCCGAGGGCGACAGCAUGGGCGCCGUCAAGGAGAGGUGUCGCGUCCUUGUCGAGUGGCUGGAGAAUGCGGACGAGGAGGACAGCGACGAGAGCGACGGUGAGGACUAAAUGGCGCUUGGAAUUGGUUAGAUGGCCGUCUUAGAUGCCUCCGAUGCCGCGGGACUGGCGAAUAUAGCAAGUGGCCCAAUGUAAAAUCACUCUGGCUCCAUCUUAGUGGAGUGGCUUACUCUUAAACCUGCUGGCUUGCUUGAUAUUAAUGAAUCCUCGAUUGGCCACCUGUG